AAAGUGAUUACGUUCGUAAAUUCGUUUUACAGUUUUACACAAAUUCUAUUAUUUUUUUCAUCUUUCUCGACCGAUUACGAGUUUGACAAUCGUUUAUUAAUUAUCCAACUAUUCCACGCUUGAAGACCAUGUCUCUGAAGGUGACAAAAGCUCCAGAAAACGAUUUUUUUCUCACUAGAGAGCUACUGGUUGCUCUACUCGUUCUGUUCUUCACUGUUGUUCUAUUUGUUCUAUGGAAAAAGAGUCGUAAGACCAACCGUGAUGUACUGCUUGUGGGGUUGUGUGAUUCGGGMAAGACUGCUCUAUUUUCAUACUUGGUGUACAAUAAACCAAUACAAUCUUUCACGUCACAAGUGGAAAACAUAGGCGAGUUUAAAAACAAAAAGAAUUUAUUACGCCUAGUUGACAUUCCUGGCCAUGAAAGAGUGUUCACAAAAUAUUGGGAUGCUUACAAAAUGAGUUGUAAAGGUGUUAUGUUUGUUGUGGAUUCAGAAACUGUUCAAACUGAUAUAUGUGAUGUUGCCGAGUUAUUGUACAGAAUCUUAACUGAUGUAACAAUUCAAACCAACAAGACUAAAAUUAUAAUACUAUGUAACAAACAAGACAAAGUAUUGGCCAAGGGAUCAGAAGUAAUCAAGACAUUGCUCGAAAAAGAACUGGAUACAUUGAGAUUAACAAAGUCAAAUCAGUUGGAAAGCAUUGACGGCAAAAAGAAUAAGACUCUGUUGGGCAAAAAAAAGAAGCAUUUUGAGUUUACUCAUUGUCAGAYGCCAGUUGAGUUUGCAGAAGUAAUUUCUUCAUCACAAGACAUAGUUGUAGAACCAAUAAAAGACUGGUUAGAAAGUAUUCAAUAAAUUCUUACUAUCUUGUACGAUAUGUUAAUGUUCCCAUUUUCAGAAUCACUUUUGAGCUUCUUUGUUGUAUAUACAGUUUUUUGUAUACAUAUUUAUAAUCUAUAAUUAUAAAUGUAUUUUUUAUUGUUAAAUUAAGAGACAUUUCUUCCAUAAUGGUAGGAAUAUAUGAUUAAAAAAAACUUCUAAAUCGCAGUCGAAUCUAAAUUUUUUUCCAGUUUAUUAGUUGCUGUACAUUGUGUACUUAUUACAAGUAUAAUACAGUUCUAUCUAUUUUAUUUUUACCAAGUAUAUGUAUUUAUUUGUAAUUUCUUUUUGUAUAAAUCUUUAAUGGUUUGAUUCGGUACUAAGAUUUUUAAUUUUGUAAUUAAUGAUAUAUUGAUAUGUAAAAAUUGUACAUAAAAUGCAUGAAAUAUGUUAUCUAAAUUCUAUAGAGUUCAACCUCUGUAGUCAUAUUGUGGUUAGUCAAUAAU